UCGAAAAACAGCUGCUUCGUAAUGGUAAUGAAAGCAACUGAGUUGACAUUUUCAAAGUAUUAAAGCAUUAAAGAGUUUCAUGAAGCAUAAAUAUUUUUAAUUUAAUUAUAAAAAUUUACAAAAAAAAUCCUUUUUAAAGAUGGCGACUUUAGAAGAUAAAUUGCUGGGCGAAAAACUUGAAUAUUAUUGUAGUAGUAGUGAAGGUGAAGAUGAGCCAAUUUGUCGCGCUGAAGAAGGUAAUAGGAAGCAACAAGGAGCUAGGAACAAGCAACAAGGACCGGACGGUUACUUAAACGCAGACGUAUGCCCACCACCACCACCAUCGGCCGGCGGUUAUCGCUAUCAAGGCUCGACCAAUACUGGGCCUAAAGGUGUGGUUGAGGAUUGGCAGCGUUUUAAAAAACUGCAAGCUGAAAAACGGGAAGAAAAUGAGCGUCAGCGCAUUGAAUUGGCGAAAAAGCUAACCAUGAGCACAGCCACCGCCCAAGAAGAAGAGGAACGUAAAAGACAAGAAGAGAUCGAUAACGAGUUAGCCGAACUAAUGAGUGAGGAUUUUCUACAACAAUAUCAAAAACAACGCAUGGCUGAAAUGCUACGUCAAUGCGGACACAAUGUACAAUUCGGCAAAGUAUUGCAUUUAACGUCACAUAAAGAGUUCUUGGAUUGCGUCGAAAAUGAAAGCAAACAUACGACCAUAAUAAUACAUAUUUAUGAACGCGGAUUAAGUGCUUGCAGUACUUUAAAUAAAUGCUUGGAAGCAUUGGCUAGCCAAUAUGCUAUGGUUAAAUUUGCCAAAAUUUGCAGUUCAGUGGCUGGCAUGAGUCGUGAAUUUCGUAAUAAGGGAUUGCCCGCUUUGCUUGUGUAUAAGGCCCAAGCAGUUAUUGGCAAUUUUGUACGCAUAACUGACGAUUUAUCCGAUGAUUUCUUCGAAUCAGAUGUAGAAAGUUUUCUAAUAGAAAAUGGCAUUUUAAUCGAUAAAAAUUUGUAUAACUAAGAGUAAAUUAAGCAAGAGCGAAGAAGAGAGAUGGGAGAAAUUUAUUUAAAAACAACUACUAGUAAGUAGUAAGUUGCCCUAAAAGGCAUUAAUAACAGCCCCCUCCUACUAUUGCAAUGUGUUCAUUUUGCUAACGGUUUAAUCGAUCCCCUCCAGCCAUUAGUUUUAAUUUAUGAUGAAUAAAUAAUAUUUUAUAU